AUGUUCUGCGAAAAGCGCGCUCCCGCCUGUCCGUCCGCGCAGCGACGUGCUCGUGCUAAAGGGAGCCGCUGGUUGUGCUCUCCUCUGAUUGCUGGGCGGGUGGAUGUAAGAGUGGUCACUACAGAGCAUGCCAAGCACUUCUACGAUCCUGCAGAGGUUUCAGUAAAAAUCUACAGUGACAAGGAUGAGUGGGAGCUGUGGACUCAGAGAACUGACCCUGUGCUACACAUUGAGCUGCGGCGCUGGGCAGACCUACUUGUCAUUGCCCCCCUUGAUGCCAACACUCUUGGAAAGAUUGCUAGUGGCAUUUGUGACAAUCUGCUGACAUGUGUGGUAAGAGCAUGGGACACCAGUCGCCCUCUCCUCUUCUGCCCUGCAAUGAAUACAGCUAUGUGGCAACAUCCCAUUACAGCCGAGCAGGUUUCCAGGCUGACAGAGUUUGGAUAUGUGGAAAUUCCCUGCAUUGCUAAGAAGCUAGUGUGUGGAGAUGAAGGUAAAGGGGCCAUGGCAGAGGUAUCGACUAUUGUCAGUGCUGUCAAACAGUAUCUGCAGAAACCAGAUGAGUCAUCUUAGAAAACAUGUAUGCCACAUUGUAAUGUACCCAGAACAAAUAUAAAAUUACUGUGAUGAUUUGUGCUCUGACCUUCAAGGCCCUACACACCCAUGAUAAACACUGUUGCUUCCACCUAUUUUACGUGAUAUGUCGUCUUGUGGAGAUUGCAUGGAUGUUUACAGACCGGCAAUGACUGGCAUCACCCUGACUCCCCUGUUAGUUUUGUUGCACCUGUGCAACAUGCACCUUUACCCUUCUUAUUACUACAUGGACUAAUGGAUAGCUCGACCCAAGUGUCCAAGUGCAACCUCUGCAGCCUAAUCUGUCAGAAUAACAAAAAUUACUUUUAGCUGUUACCAGCAGCUCUUAGAGUAAAAUUUUAAACAGUUUGGUGCUUGUUUUCAUAUGUAUCAUCUAUUUAUCAUGAAAUUAUACUGACAUGAUUGAUGGCUUACCAGAGAGGAUACCCUUCAGCUAAUGUUGUCAUUUAAGCCAUUUAAGCCCCAAAUCACAUUUAAAUAUGUGAUAGUAUAUUUCUGUUUAUAAAGCGGCAUUUCAUUAGUGAAAUGUCAUCGAGCUUAUGUGAGUACAUUGAAAAAUGCAACUCCUGUAUUGACAUUAUGUCUGUGCCUCGCUUCCUUGUCUUGUUCCUCUAACGGUGAUUGGCAAAGAAAUGAUGCAUCACUGCCAGCACUGUUAAAAGAGUGAUGGUUAAUGGAAAAACCCGUUUAAUGAAUUGCUCUAUUUGACUUUACAAGAAAAAAAAGGAGGUUCUUCUGGAUUUCCCAGAAUUGUUUAUUUUGUGUUGGAAGCUGAGCAAACAAUGUGGUUGUGGUUCUAUGGAAAAUGAUAUGUAAGGUAUGGGCAUGCUAUUGUCUUUUGUCACAUCACUGUAUGAAGUAAGAACACAAAAGCUUAAUUUAAUAACUUAAUGGUGGGUCGCUGAAAAAAAAGGUGAUCCCUGGGCUGUUCACGUUGACACACGUUGACACACUUAAAUUGCUAUUAGGGAAUUGGAUAAAAACUGUCAGUGUCCAAGGUAUAAAGUGAAGGAAAUUUUUAAUUAAUUAACCAUUUUUUUCUUAAUAGCAAAAUGCCUCCAAAAAUAUGGUUUUGUAUUUUAUUAUGAGAUUAUGUUUCAUCAGCAAUAAGUGGCACACUUUUAAUUUAAAACAUUCUGUACUAAAACAGAAUGUAAAGCAACACAGGCUUUCAACAAACUGGUCAUUAGGCCACAAAAACAACAUUCUUCUCAUUUGUGUCUGACGGAGCUGUCAUGGUUCCUGUGGGUUUAAUUAUGCAAUAUAAAGCUGCAGAAACUCUUUUCCCGCAAGGCAUUUUGACAGACUGGCUUUACUGCAGGACACAUAACGUAAACCUGUCAGCUGAAGAAUGGAUGUCUCAAACUCAGUGACUAUUGAGCACUAGUAGUGUCUUAAGAGCCUUUUACCGUGACUCUGAGCACCAAAGGUCGAAAGUGAUGAAAUCCAUGGUUCACAUGGUUCACGUGGUGUUCGACAUGUUUAUCUCUGUGAAAACCCUCCAUCUCCUAACAACGUGAAAUGCACCCGUCUGGAUUGUGUCAAGAAGAGACGGAUGAGAGAAUGUCAAACCAAACGACACAGUGCUUUGUUUAUAUUACUGAGUGGAAACAGACAGUAACAACUGCCUUGCUUGUAAUAAACUGAAAGGAACUGAACCUUGUAGGUGGCAAUCUUGGAGGUAUGUGUCCUCUGCAGUAAUAUCAUGUUGGAGAAAUAGAGCUACGCAACACUUUAGACUACCUGCUUUAUAAGAGGUCAGCUUACAAAUACUCAUUGUCAUUCAGAGACAGGAAACAGUUGAAAAUAACCUUCAGAUUUACAAACACACAAUCAAAAUCAGCACUGUUGAUUAUUAUAAUUCCUCUUACAGUACAUAUACCUUUUAUUUUUAACAGCACGCUUUUAAAAAAUAAUUAUAAGUCUUCCUGAUCGCUGGUGAAUCAUUAAUUACAUUUAUUUGCCAUCAAACUGUUAACAUUCACUUAUUUUCAAAGCAUUGAAAUUUCUCUUCCCUUGGAGAGUGAACCCUUCUUUUUUUGUGUAGACAUUUGUGCUGCUCGUGUUUGUUGUUUGCUAUGCUCUCCAUAUACUUGUGUUUUAUCUUAGUUUGUCAGUGUCGGGGCGGAAGAAAUUUGGUUUGCAAAUAACUGGGGGCAUUGAUACUGUUGAGCUGUCGAGGUUGCAGCACAUGGAGCCUUGUGAAUGGCUCUCCAAACUAAACGUAUCUUUCCCUGAGCCAUAACUUGUCCUGCUGCUAUUGGCUGCUGUGUGAUUCUGUUAACGAUGCCAGAGGAACAUUACAUCAGCCACACCGACAAGGGGAGUGUCAUGGAGGCCUUGACAGCUCUGUGGAGUGUAGUGUGCAGCCUGCAGGUGCGCCUAAUGGGAACAAACACAAUGUUCUCACAACAACGGACAAAUCAUCAAAACAUCAGAUAGGCUGUAGUCGGAUGCAGUGUGAAAUAAUCAAUGGUAUGCCUUCAAGACUAAACAUGCACUAAUUUUCUUUACUGCCACUUCAGUAACUUGUUUAUCGAGGUUUACUUACAAGAACAUAAUGUAGUCACUAGAAAAUAUUAUUGCACCCUCCCCUCUAUCAUUGUUUUGGAAUGUACAAAAACAUGCAGGGAAAAAUGUGACUUACAAAAAAAGGCUAAUGUAAGUAAACAUAAAAUAUGAUAAAGCACCACAGGAGUCCACGAGAGACUCUCAGUUUAAAAUAAUUUUUCAAAUUUUCUUAAGUGCACCACUACUACUGCUGCUGCUGCUACCUUCAGAUAUUAGUCACUUUAUUUAGUCUCAUUGAUAUCAGGAGACCUGCAAACAACCACACAACCAGCAUAGAAGACCAACACAAAAACAAAACAGAACGAAUGCAGUCAAUAACAGGAGGUGAAUGAAACAACCGAUAGUAAUGCUUUGAAGUUUCGGGGGGGAGUGAAAGAAUUUGACAUUGGGGUUCAUUCCUUCUCAAAGGUUCAUUAAACCUGAAACUAGUUCUGCCAAGGUUAGUAUGUGCAUAUGGGACUUGGAAUGUAUACGGUACUUACAAGGUUUAAAUGAGAGAGGAGAUGUGAGGUAGUUUACGAGCUUUAAGAGUAGAAAUGUGACUGAAACUGUACAUAUACUGAACACGCAGCUCUAGCUUUUGGUUUAUAGUUUAAUGCAAUUAACUGGACACAACCCUAAUUUAAUACAAAAAGGAACUUAUUAAGGAAGUUAUUUUUGUUUACCAGAAUAUACAUAGAACCUGCAUGAUUUAGCAAGACAUGUUGGAGUACUUGAAUGUGCUGUAGGUUUACUUGCUGUAUGUUAAGCAGCGAACGAUAAAAAAUGACGUCCACAUCACACAGUGCAUACUUUGUAUAGCAUGUAUAGUCUAUGUAUGGAAAUGGGAACACAUAUGCAUUACACCAAUAUGAUAUCUUAUUUUCUGUGUUAAUAUGUGUGACGUUCAGGUGCAUACAUGUGUGCAAUCUGUGCAGUCUCUAGGCUCAACAUGUAGUUUCUGGCCUUUGGGAAUGUUCAGCGGUGUUUCAUCAGAAACUACAUCCUGAGAGAUCACCUGCUCUACUCCCUGUGUCACCACAACUCACCUUAUUGACUCUGAGACGCUUAAAAGUGGUAAACACCUCGUGGCUCAGGAGGGUGUGACAUAUUGUAUUUUAUGUACGUAUUGUUCUGUAUUUACAGUAAACUAUCAUAUAAAA